UACUUUUUCUUGCAACUUUUGUCUCCCUCGUGCCCUCUCUCUCUCCCUUCUGCCCACUCUUCAAAAUCCCGCUACUCUCUCUCUACCCCCGCUCCCAUUGUGACCCGUGGAAGCCAUUAAUGCCGCCUACUACCUCCAAAGCAAGCAACCUUACCGGUAUCCAUACCACAGCCGUACUUAGUUAAUCCUGCCACCAGAAAACCCUUUUGCACCUCUUCAUCACUUGCUUGUUCUUCUCCACAACGGCCUUCCUCUUCACGAGCUAGCUAGUCCAUGCCUCUCGUUCCUUCUUCAUCUUCUUCAGCUUCUUCCUUGUUUAAGCAAAGUAGACAUGGAAGGUAGAAUGAGAAAGAAUGGAGGCCAAGCGAGCUCUCCACCGCCAGCCCUAAAGCAGCAGAAACAGGGGAGAAAGAUCCCCGUGGUGUAUUAUCUCUGCAGAAAUCGACAUCUCGAACACCCUCAUUUCAUCGAAGUUCCUCUUUCGUCUCCCGAUGGUCUUUACCUCAGAGAUGUUAUAAGUCGGCUUAAUGUGCUAAGAGGAAAGGGAAUGCCCGCCAUGUAUUCCUGGUCUUGUAAGAGGAGUUAUAAGAAUGGAUUUGUGUGGCAUGAUCUCUCCGAGGAUGAUUUGAUCCUCCCUACCAAUGGCACCGAGUUUGUGCUUAAGGGUUCUGAGCUCUUCAAUCAACCCUCCUCUGAUAAGACACAUCAUGUUGGAACCAUGGGAAAGCUACAAAAUUCAAAAAUUUCUCAAUCCGAAACUCCAACUCCCACUUCUUCAAGAACUAAUGAGACAUCCUCCUCAUCCUCUCCAACCGCCUUCAAGGAGUCAAAAACUCCAUCACCUCCAUCACCAUCACCGCCGCCGUCUUCUCCUCCUCGAAGACUAGAAGAUGAGCAAUGUCCUUUAGCGCAUCGGCUGGGUUCCCCUAGCAAUAUCUCCACUAAGACAGUGCCCCCUAGCUUAGCUGAAUACAGGGUGUUCAAGUCGAGUAGUGCUGCUGAUGCUUCAACCCAGACUGAUGAUGGAUGGAGAAGAACUCGUGCGGUGCGAAAUAAUACUUGCACUAGGGGAGUUUCUACUGAUGAUAGCUCUAUGGAAUUUGAGUAUGAACAAAGCAAGACGAAUCAGAUCACAGGGUCUAUGGAAGGCUCUGAAUUAUGUAGGAAUGAGAUCUCUCCACCACUAAACUCAUCAAGUGCUUCUUCCUCUGGUAGAAAGAUGGAGACAUUGGAGUCUUUAAUUAGAGCAGAUGCCAGUAAGAUAAACAGCUUUCGAAUACUUGAGGAGGAGGAGAUUCUUUUGCCCACAGUGCCAAGAUUGAAGGCAACUAAUGUGCUUAUUCAGCUUAUCACAUGUGGUUCUAUCUCUGUGAAGGAUCACCAUAGCUUUGGUCUUGUUCCUACCUACAAGCCAAAGUUCUCUCAUAUGAAAUUUCCCUCGCCAAUAUUAGCUAACUCAGUGAUGCUUAGAGAGCUCGAUUAUUUGUCCGAGAAUCCAAGGUUUAUUGGAUUAAGAAUGGAAGAUAAAGAGUAUUUUAGUGGGAGCUUGCUUGAAACUAAGAAGCAUAAGGAAGAUAUGCGAGAAGGUUUGCCCACUCUCAAAAGGUCCUCCUCCUUUAAUGCUGACAGGAGCAAUAAAUCACCAUAUUCCAAAAGGGAGAAAGAAAGAUUUGUCGAUUCAUCUCGUUCGAAAUGCCUUCCCCGACCAACUAAGAUUUCAUCUAACAAGCCAUCGAGGAAUGAGAUAAUGAAAUCAGCCAUGUCAGAUUGCCCAAGAAACUCUUCAGCUGGUCCUGACUGUAGCCAGUCAUCUAUUGAUGGAAGCAAGAGGAUCACUGAUAUUUCUUCAGUUAAAGAAGAUAAUGAAAAGACAAUCAAAAUUGAAGAAAGGCUUAUUUCUGGAGCUCGGGUUAUAAUUCAAUCAAGAGCUCUGUGUGAUGAUAGUGAUGAUAGCUCAAGUUCUGAGGAGAGAAGAACAUAGAUGUUUUCCUUUUUUUUUACCUUCUUUUUAUCAGAUUUAUGUAGUUUUAUCUUCUGCAAUCGUCAGGUUUUCUCUUGUAUGUCUGAAGUAGAGAAUUCAACGGUAAGUUCUCCAGAAGUUUUACCUAUGCUACUUAAGAAAUUUUUGUGCCAUGGAUAUCUCUGGUUCUGAAACUUUGUGCAGCCAACAAUAUCUGCACC